GUACAGAAAAGUUAACAUGCUCUGGUUAUGUGUACCCGUUGUGUCUACUGUGAUGUGAACAAUGUACACACUGAACUGCGUGCACCUGAAUCCCUCAUCUUAAAAGCUGAAGACAAUGAACUAGUAUCCAUUCAGAAAUCUACAACAUUCAAGAUACUUAUGCCUAUGUGCGAUCAAACUACAGAUGGCAACCUUUUCACCAUAACGUAAAAGCCAUGACACAAAAGUGUGAAGCAGUGGGUAGAAUACAUUAAGUAUGGUACUUUGUGCAGCGUAGUGAAUAAAAUGAA